ACAGGAGAGUAAUCCCGAAUUACCCGUGCAUAGUAGUCGCCCAUCUCCACGCCAGCUGGCCGCUGGGACCGCCCCGGUGUCAGUGUCCAAGUUACGCCCCUGCAGUGGGAGGAAGAUCUGGCUGCUGCCCUGUCUGGUGAUGGGCUGCGCUCCACGCGAGGAAACUUUCCGCGUGUAUUACUAAUACAUCUGUACACGGAGGCUCCCCCACUCCCAACACUGGCAGGCGACGAGCAGGUAUCUGCUGUAGCAUCACCGGAGCACGCUGCCUGCAGUCACACCGCCUUCCCUUCCCGGAUCUACCGCUUCCCUCUCUCCUACUUCUAGUGGGGAAUUUCUACUGUACAAAUACAUCUCUCAGCAUUCAGUCAGCAGGUUGUUGGGCUGAGUUUCCCCAAGCACGGAUCCCCAGCCACAGAGAUGACAAGAGAGCGAUCAGAGGCAACACAAAACCUAAUGUGACUUUGAUGAUUGCGCUGUAGAAAUGGCUUUUAAAGAUUUCUUUGGCUGAUUUUCUUAAAGUGUCAUCGGGGGCAGCAACUUCAGUCAGGAUCCAAGGAUGCAGAGAUCUGCUGGAAGGAAUAUGUGGCAUAUUUCAUCUCUGCUGAUCCUCAGUCUGGCAGCAGCAUAUUCUAAAGUGGCAGAAAGCCGUGGAAUAUUAGAAAGCAUACAAAGGUUUUCUUUGCUUCCAACCUACCUUCCGGUGAGCUACACAAUCCAUCAGAGUGAGGUUUCCUUCUUCCUUAAGGAAACAAACCAGGACAUCAUGAGGAAUUCUAGUCUACAAUCUCGAGUUGAAUCAUUCCUCAUUUACAAGGCCAAGAAACAACCUGUGAUGAAUGCCACUUAUGGACCAUUUUUCAUUGAGCAAGAAGUGCCACAAGAUUUACUAUUAAUUUCUAACCAUUUUGGAUCUGCUGAUAAAUUCACUUUUAACUGGAAGAUUAAAGCAUAUAUCCUCAAGGAAAGAAUCUAUCGUAUUAAACCUAAUGUUCAAAUAGUGUUUUCUAUUGUGGGGAGAGACUGGGAUGAUUAUAGCACCACUGAGAGACUUCCUUGCAUCAAGGUAUUUGCAUUUCGGGAGACCAGAGAAGUGAAAGCAACCUGUAAAUUGACAGGUGACCUGGGAUUGUGUGUUGCUGAAUUAGAACUACUUUCAAGCUGGUUUGAUCCACCAACAGUGGUUGCUGGCCAUAAGAAGAUGCUAGAACAACCUGAUGGCAGUCCAGUGGAAUUGUACUAUGCCAUUCAACAAAGUGAUGAGAAAGGAGAUUGUGCCAAGGAGGACACAAGGAAAAGUAUGAGUCGGGCAUCUCGUAAUUACAUAGAUGAUACUGGGCCACCACUGCAGAGAAUUGGAAGUGUUUACCUCUACCAGUCCCUCAGUAGCAACUCUUCAAUUGAAGUGCAAAUUGAUAAAAACUUGGUUAUCCGCUCUUUCACUCGGAGUAUAUUGAAAGGGGAUAUUCUAACCUAUUUUGUGUUUAUCGCUAAAAGUUUUACACAGACCAAAUUCAAAUUAAGGGCGAAAGUCACAGAAGGUAUAAAUAUAUUUAAUGUGAGGACCAGUUCACAUUCAUGGGAUGUGAAAGAAAACAUGGAUUUUCCAGGCAAAUUGUCACCUGUCAUCAUUGACUGUCAGAGAAAAUAUCCCAUCUCAGAAAACAGUAUUGUAGAAAACUUCUAUGAAAUUUUCCAGAUAGACUUCAGGAUUGGCCGUGCAACUGACCCAUCAAGAGUGCAGAUAAUCACCUGGCAAGCUGAAUACCUUGGGCAAACUAUGUCUGCACUUGGGGUAUCUAAAAUAUAUGUCAAUGAAAGGGACAUUGUGGCUGUUAUACCGCUGGCAAUGGAGGCAGAGAUUCUGAACACUGCAAUUCUCACCGGGAAGACCGUAGCAGUUCCUGUUAAGUCUGUCGCUAUAGACAGCAGCGGCUCAGUGACAGAUAUCUCGGAAGCUGUGGAAUGCCGAUCUACGGAUGAAGAUGUACUAAAGGUUUCAGACCGAUGUGACUAUGUCUUUGUAAAUGGAAAGGAAAUUAAAGGAAAGGUUAAUGCCAUUGUAAAUUUCACAUAUCAACAUUUUAAAGCCUCACUAGACAUGACAGUGUGGGUCCCACGGCUCCCUCUGCUGAUAGACGUGUCUGAUACUGAAUUAAACCAAAUUAAAGGCUGGAGGGUUCCCAUUCUGACAAACAAAAGGCCAGCUAGGGACAGUGAUGAUGAUGACGACGAUGACAAAAAGGGAAGAGGUUGUACUCUCCAGUAUCAACAUGCCAUCCUACGGGUCCUCACACAGUUCAUAGCAGAGUCUUCUGAGUAUGCUGGCCAGCUCUCCUACCUGCUUGGAUCUGACUGGCAAGUUGACAUCACGGAUUUAAUAAGUGAAUUUAUCAAAAUGGAUGAACCAAAUGUUGUGCGGCUCAAAGGCCAGAUUCUGAUAGGACAGGAAGUUGGUAUGACUACAUUACAGAUACUAUCCCCUCUUUCUGAUGCCAUCCUAGCCGAGAAGACAGUGAUGGUUGUAGAUGAGAAGGUGACCAUCACAGAUCUAGGCAUUCAGGUGGUGACGGGCCUGUCUCUCUCUCUUCAGCUCAGCCCUGGAAGUAACCGAGCAAUCUAUGCAACUACCAUAGCACAAGAGCAUUUUAAUUCCCCAAAGCAGGAAGUAGAAAUCAGUUGUUGGAUCCAGUUUAGUGAUGGUACAGUGACUCCCUUGGAUGUUUAUGAUCCUAAAGACUUCUCAUUAAGUGUGACAUCUUUGGAUGAGAAGGUUUUUUCUGUUUCUCAAGAUUCCAAAUCCAAAUGGCCAGUUUUUUCAGCCAUUGCAGAAGGGCAAGGAGCACUAGUCAAGGUGGAACUCAUGAUAAAUGAGUUAUGUCAGAAGUCUAAACGAAAGAGCAUUCUUACGGUUGGCAUUGGGCACAUUAAAGUUAAAUUUAAUCAGAACAAUGGAAAUGAGAGUAGGUUUGUCAAUAGUAGGGAUCGUUUUGAUAAUCAUUACACUGGUAGAAGGCAGAAGACUCUACUAGAAAGAGUAAGACCAGAUGGUGCUUCAUUUGGUACCCCAUCCAUGGAGGGAGACAUCCACAUUAUGAACAGGGUUACUACUGACAAAGCCCAGAUAAGCAAGAAAAGAGAGCGAGAGAGUCUUUUAGAUGACGAUGGUCAUCUUCCAAACAUGCCCAUGGAUUUCACCAGUUUUCCUGCCCAGGUUGACCUACCAAGUAACAAUGGAGAUGUGGAAGAAAAUGAUCUUGCACAAAAUACAAGAGGCUUAAGUGACUUGGAAAUUGGGAUGUAUGCUUUAUUAGGUGUCUUUUGUCUGGCCAUACUUGUCUUCCUUAUAAAUUGUGUGACGUUUGCAUUAAAGUAUAGGCACAAACAUGUCCCUGUGGAUGAGCAAGAGACCAUGACACAUUCACACGACUGGGUUGGACUUACAAAUCGAACAGAAAUUUUGGAAAACCACAUUAACUUUCCUUUGCAGCAGGAGGAAUGCAUAACAGCUAUAGACAGGGGAGUGAAUAUUGCAGAAAGCAAAUACCUUAUCACUUCAAACCCUGCUAAAACUGUUAAUGGGCAGACAUACAGAUCUGCAGAGACAGCCUUCAAUGAAGGGAAAGAACAGAGGGGUGAACCUGCUACCUCUCCCACCUCCAAAAGGAAACGUGUAAAAUUUACCACAUUUACAAAUAUUCCUAAUGAGGAUGGUUGUCCAAACAUCAACUCCAUUUUAGUGAACAAUGAUGAAGAUAUAAAGUGGGUUUGCCAAGACAUAGACAUGGGGGAAUGCAAAGAACUCAGAAACUAUAUGGAAAGGUUACAUGAAAAUGUGUAAACUGAGAUAAGAACAUCUUCUACUGUACAAGAUGUUUAGCCAUCCUCACAAUGAUGAAGUCCAAACAUAGGCUACUUUCUUCAACAAAUAUUUUGCUCCACAAAAAGCAUCUGCUAUGAAAGAUGGAAUGACUAAUAAAUGCACAAAAUGUUAACGUUUUAUACAGACUAUUACAGGGUAUAGCAAAAAUAUAAUGCAAAGUCUUGGUAAAAUACAAAUGUAUGUAUUGUAUGUAACAUGUCACAUGAAGUGCAUAUCUUGAAAAUAACAGUAAUUACAAGGCGAACCCUGUUAUUUCACUUUAUUUCAGACUACCAAAGGAAAAUGUAGUGUUAUUUAUGCAGAGUCAACUAAAUUUGCAGUUUUGUACUAUGUCACAUUUUCCUUGGGUAGAGAGAUAGCUCUACAUGAGUGAAACAGUUUAGCUAAUCAAUAUUUAUGAGAAUGCAGACUAUCAGUUCAAUAGAACCCAGUGCUGAGUUAUGAAGAAUAUUGACUCAUCCCACCUAUACUGUUCUUAUGAAACAGGUCAUUUUAAUUGUCCAUUCUCUUUAAACCCAUAGCCAUGCAAUAAAGGGAUGGCCUGUGCCCCAGUUGCCUUUCCACCCUUGAAGGCUUUUUUUUCUUCUAUUAAAUCUCUUGAUAAACCAUAGUUGCCGACUUUCUGACUGCCCACUUUGGGAGAGGGCUGCCAAGUCAGCACAGCAGGGGGCAGUACGGGGACAUGACUCAUCAUAGUGUUUGGAGUGGGGGUGGGGCAAGUCAUAGGAGGCUGUUUGUGGCAUGGUUUCUGCGAUUGUGUGAUCAUGGCCAUGGUCCUGUUAUAAAAUGAGGAGAUUAUUGGCAUUGCAAAGCAGGGGAUGUGGCAACGAUGAUGCAAUUUAGUGCCAGUUUUAUGGGCAACCAGGAGAGCCACCAAGUUUUUAUGAGCCUCCCAGCUGUUCCAGGAGACUAGGCAGGUAUGUAAUAAACCCUAAAUCUGGAUAUACAGGUUGAGUCUCCCUUAUCCAAAAUGCUUGGGACCAAAGGUAUUUUGGAUAUGGGAUUUUUCCGUGUUUUGGAAUAAUUGCAUACCAUAAUGAGAUAUCAUGGCGAUGGGACCUAAAUCUAAGCAUAGAACGCAUUUAUGUUACAUAUACACCAUAUACACACAGCCUGAAGGUAAUUUUAGCCAAUAUUUUUUAUAACUUUGUGCAUUAAACAAAGUGUGUCUACAUUCACACAAUUCAUUUAUGUUUCAUAUACACCUUAUACACACAGCCUGAAGGUCAUUUAAUACAAUAUUUCUUAAUAACUUUGUGUAUUAAACAAAGUUUGUGUACAUUGAGCCAUCAAAAAACAAAGGUUUCACUAUCUCACUCUCACUCAAAAAAGUCCGUAUUUCGGAAUAUUCCGUAUUUCUGAAUAUUUGGAUAUGGGAUACUCAACCUGUAUGUUGGACAAUGACAUCCAAUAGUAAUCUUAACUUUCUGUACAGAGAUAUUGCACUGAUUUUGGUUCUUUUCUGGAAUUAUACUAUUUCUCAAACCUCAAAUAAACCUGACAAGCGCAUAGUUCCUUCCUUUGUAUUUGUAUUAAAUGAUUGGAAAACUGAGCCUCUUUAGUUACAAUCUAUCUACAUCUCCUGCUCACCUGAUGUCUUAGGUUUUGAAAUGGGCUGUCAGAGAUCAUAUAAUAUAGCUCUAAAAAAUGUUCAUAUUAUUAUUAUUAUUAUUAUUAUUAAUAAUAAUAUUAUUAUUUUGUAAUACAUAUUAAUACAGUGGAUUUAUAUAGCUCCGGCAUGCUCCUCAGACUUUUGCAAUUGAUAGGCAGAGACAGAUUUUCAAAUAUAUGGGCAGUACAGAAUAUUUUAGGAUAUGCUCUAGAAUGCAAAGCAAUCUAGAAUUCAGCCCCAGGCUUCAUAGACUAUAUUACCGGGAGAGAGUUCCUCCAGAACCCUUCUUGGCAAUCACCACAGCACACGUGUAGUCAGCAGACCCAGCACUGAGGAGGCACAAAACAGAAGUGAAGUGACCGCUAAUGCUACCACUUCACUUCCAACACAUCUCUAACAAACUACUUUUUGAGCCCCUGUCCCUGGAUAUGUUUGUUGAUACAGUUCUGCGAAUAGUAAUUUCUUAUUGCUACUAAUAGUAGCAAUAAGAAGUUACAAUGUUUGGGUCUGAAACCUGGUAAUUAUUUAUUACCAGCUAUUUAUAUAGCACACAGAGAAUAUUUUGGUCAUUCACAUCAGUCCCUGCCCCAGUGGAACUUACAAUCUAUAUUCCCUACCACAUGUGCAUGCACACACAUUCACGCUAGGGUUCAUUAUGUUUGGAGACACUCACCCUAUCAGUACAUUUUUGGAUUGUGGGAGGAAACCAGAGUACCUGGAGGAAACCCACGCAAGCAUGGGGAGAAUAUACAAACUCCACACAGUUAGGGCCAUGGUGGGAAUCAAACCCAUGACCUCAGUGCUGUGAGGCAGUAAUGCUAACCAUUACACCGCCCAUGCUGUUCCGAUACAUAUGCCCCUUAGAGUUUUGCAGUGGAUGGAGCAGGGUCCCUUAACAGUAGUAAUGUGAAGCAUCUGUCAAAUAUAUGCAGGAAUAUUGUAGUGUCAAAGAAACCUAAUUAGAAAAAGAAGUUCAUACUGUACAUUCAGCUUGUUAGAAAUAACUGUCAACUUAAUUAAUGCAUUCAUGCCAAUUGGAGACCACCAUGAAUUGCUGUUUAAUGUUUUAAAUGUCUAUAUAUAUAUAUAUAUAUAUGACAACCUUUUAGAGGUUAUAGACUGCUCACUAGAGGUCAAAUGAAUCCCCCUUGAUUAUAAUACCACACAUACAGUAGUGCAUGUGCAUUGAUAAAUAAUAUAGUUGCAGUAGUUUGUGUCCUCUUUGCAUUCUAAAUGCACAGAGUGGAUGUGUACACUCAUCUAGCAAGAGAGAUCUAUUGAGGUAAAGAGGUUAAAUAAUUUGCAGAUACGGCUAACUUGUGCUUUACAGGUUACUAGAUACAUAGCAAUAUACAGUAUUUGCUUUAUUAAUAAUAUUGGCAACACUUGUUCACGGAUUUGUAAAUAUGUAAACUUUGAGAACAAUAAAAAUAUGAGGCACAAGUUCCAUAUUUUGUCCAAAACAAUAAGGUGGCAUGCUAUAUUUAGAAACAAAGAUUCCAUUUAUGAAGCAGAGAUAAGCUAAAUCUGCUGUAACCUAUUUUGAGGCCGUAUGCCAUCAGUUUUAACAAGUGGCAAAAAUACUUUGUUUUUCACCACAAAUUAAACUAUUCAUCAUACUAGCCCAGAGUGCACCAUCAAAGCUCAGAGGGCUUUAGUAUAUUCCGACUGUGUUCCAUUUCUAUACAUAUGUGCAGACAGUAGCCACACAUGAGCAUAUUACUGUACACUUUGCUGGCAGUGGUGUGCAGUUUAUGAGAGUAAGAGCAUGUAUGGGUGGCGUAUCUGCAUUUUGUAUCAGUGUAAUAAUUUGCAGUGGUAUAUACCACAGCCACUGAACCAAUGAUGAUAGACAGAGCCCUAAGUAACACUGAAAUAAAAUUAAGCACUUGCCAAAAGUGUGCUUCUCUCUCUGACCACCUGCUCUGUCAAUAGCAGUCUGGUGCAAAGUGUAUACUGUAUCGCAGUUCCUGCCAGUUAGAUACCGUCAUGCAGCACUCUGUCAUAGUCUGUGCUAUGUAUUUCUCUACAGCAAGCAAAGACUCUCAGUCCUAUUAAGUGCACCAAUUUCUAGACAAAGGGUCUAUAUCAUGGGUGGGCAAAAUACGGCCUGGCAGGCAAUUUAGUACAGCUCACCCUCUUCUUCCCUCCACAACAUGUAUGUGGCCUGCUCCCACUUACACUGCUCUUCAUUGUGCAGUUUAGAAGUCAAAUGGUAGGUUGGCAACUUUACAUGGCCUGGCAGGGAGCUGGUAACAGACACAGGUUUGUGCCGGUGGGGAGCACUGUUCUGGAGUGAGGGGCCGGGGGAAGAAUGUUUGUUAUACCUCGGUUCCACCUCUCUGCACAUGUUCCUGCAGAAAAGACAAACGAGUGGUGGUAGGUGUGGGAGAAUUGUUGAUUCUGAUGGGCAUGUUUCAAUGACAAUGGACUGAUUCCAUGUACUGUAAGGGCAUGUCAUACUAUAAAAGGAACAUGCAGAACUGUAUGAUGGCAUAAAUGGUGCAUCCUUUUAUAUGGAGUCAUUUACAGUUUACUAAAACGUGUUAAGUAUCCCCCCACCCUGGUCUAUAGUAUUUAGGAUGUGGUUAUAUGUAACUGACAUCUAAUGCAGGCCAUACAGUAUAUCUACACGGCAAGUCUCCUAUUCCUGACCAAUUGUUGAUCGAUAAUUUGUCAGGGAAUCAAAUACAGCAUGUGAGAAAUCCCAGACUCACUGAUUCCGAUCAUUUUUGGGAUGGAAUUGGCGAAUCGAGGACUUACUACAUGUUAUAUUUUGCCAAUGACCCGACCCAGUUAUCGACAAAACAGGGAAUUGCCCCAAUUGAUUUUAGAUGUACGGGCCCUAUUAGUCUAUGUUAUUGCAUGUUUUAAUGUCUCAGGAAAGGAUAACUUAAGAUAGCUUGUGAGUCACCUAGCGGUUUUAUGGCUCUGUCAAGGAUAUGUAACCGAUAAUUCCCCAACACUAUGUAACUGUCAAAUCCCCCAAAUACCCUUAUACUGUAUAUAAUCAUAAAACAGAAAGUACAGUAUAAAUAGACAGUGAUUGCCACUAAAAGGCCACAGCUUUAUUAAUAUACUGAAAAUAUCAGGAAGGGUGGCAAGAAAGCAGAAACAGGAGUCCUGCAAGACUCCUGUGAGACAGGUGACAAAUGAGUGACUGUGGGCUUGCCCAUAUGUGGAAGAGAGAGUAGCAUUUCCCAAUAGUUGAGGAGGUAGAGGAGCUCACCAGUGGCCUACUGUAGCUGUAGGCAAUUCCAUGAGCCAACGGUGUGUGGGGUGCAGAG